ACCACCCAAUGAUUAUUCGUGAUUGUGAGAAUAAGAAAAUUCCAAUACCCAUCACAAAAGCGAACCCUAAAGGUGCUAAAUGUAUUUGGGUAUCGCAAAAUGGCGUCAAUUUAAACGGCAAUAUGAACCUACAAAAGAGAGAAUUUGAAGAGAACAAGGACAAAGGGGAUAGAGAUAAAGAAUUGGCAGAGAGAAUUAAGUACGGACAAGGAAGAGGUCAUAAAAAUUCGAAUGUAAGUCCUAUACAUAUUCCUGGAAGUAUUAGCCCAGGAAGAAGAAAUGACACGGAAUUGUAUAGUAGCUG